AUGGCGGCGGGCACCCGCUCUUCGCGUACAGCCGCUCUGUUCAUGUACAUGCUUCUGAGUUCCAUGGCCGAGCGUCAGGUCACAGAGCUCAUGAGCGGCAGGCUGGCAGUGGUCGUUCAACACCGCCACUUGCAGCGCGGCGCGUUGCCACCCGCCCGGGCGCGCAGCGCGGAGGUCGCGACGGACGGCGCGGCGCAGGGCCGCAGCAAGAACGAGACGCUGGAACAGGGCACAGCGAUAGAUGCAGGAAAACGCAGACAGAGAGAGAGAGAGAGAGAAACAAAAAAAAGGGACGACAGGCUGGCCAGGGAGGUGGAGAUGCUAAACAAGACGAUGUUGGACAAGUUCGGCCUGGAGGCGUUGCCGAAGCUGCUGCGGCCCGAAGCCGCCGAGCGGGCCGCGGCCACCAUGCUGCGGUCAGCGGCCGAGGACGAGAACGAGUGGGUGCGGAAAGCAGCCGUGACAGCCCUAGAGCACCUUAAUCCCGAGGCCGCCAAGCGGGCGGCUCCCGUUGUGUUGAAAGCAGCAGCCGAGGGCAACGACUACGCGAUGCGGGACGUAGCCUUUCAGGUGCUGCCAAAGUUAUUGGCGCCCGACGCAGCCGAGCAUGCUGCACCCGCCUUGCUGCGAAUGGCGGCCAAAGACAAUCAGAGGUGGCAAGAGGCCGGGAGCGUCCUGUCGCGGCUCAAUUCCAAGGCCGCCGAUCGGACUUUACCUGUUUUGCUGCGGUCAGCCGCCGAGGACCUCGACCCUUGGGUGCGGUGGGCGGCCCUGCAUUUUCUGCCCAAGCAGCUGAGUCCCGAGGCAGCCGCGCGGGCCGCUCCCGUCGUGCUAGGGAUAGCGACCGAAAAAGAAGGGAGCUGGCUGGCACGGGGCGCAGCCUUCCAGGUUCUGCCAGAGGUCUUGACGCCCAACUCAGCCCAGCAUGCUGCACCCGUCUUGCUGCGAAUGGCGGCCAAAGGCAAGCAGUGGCAGUGGCGGCAAGAGGCCGGGAGCGUCCUGUCGCGGCUCAAUUCCAAGGCCGCCGAUCAGGCACUACCUGUCUUGCUGCGGUCAGCCGCCGAGGACCUCGACCCUAAGGUGCGGCGUGCGGCCCUGCAGUGUCUGCCGAAGCAGCUGAGUCCCGAGGCAGCCCAGCGGGCCGCGCACGCCAUCUCGCGAGCAGCAACCGAGGACCUCGACCCUUCGGUGCGGCUUGCUGCCAUGGAAGCUCUGCCGAACGUGCUCGGGCCCGAGGCCGCUGAGCGGGCCAGGCCCGUCGUGCUUCAGGCGGCGACCGAGGACGAGGAUCCGCACGUGCGCGCGAUGGCCGCGGCUGUCGCGCCGAGGUUCUUCGGGCACGAGGCCGCCGAGCAGGCUGUGCAUAGCCUGUUGAGGGUGGUCGCCAGGGACACGGAUGAGGAGCCGCGCCAGAGCGCAAUGCGCGCUUUGGGGGACCUCGUUGCGGGGACUUGGCUGUCGAGUCACGGGGCUAUGGAGCAAAAUUUGCCCACGCUGGUGAUGAUGCUAGAGGUGGUCGACCCCUACGCAGCACGGUAUGAGGAUGCGAAGGCGCUGGCAAUCCAGGUCGGCCGCGCACUGGCCAAAGUGGCGCCCAUGGCUGGGCCGGACGCACUGGACGCCCUUGCCUCGGUCGAGAAGCAGGCGAUGACGAACUCCACAGCAGACAGCCAACUUAUCCGGCUCAGCCGCGAGACUGUGCAGAAGGCAUUGGAGGACAAGUGCGCUCGUGCCUUCCUGAAGCAGACUGGCAUCUCCGCCCGCGUCGAAGACCUCGCUACUGAGGUGCCAGCGGGCGUCAUGAUGCACUCCGACGCGCACAGUACGCACGCGUACAGGUGCCCCAAUCCAGUCUCUUGCCCCGUGCGCCCCCGCCAGAAGAUGAUGCCGGCAAAGACCAACAGCACCACGAAGUUCAAGAAGGGCGCUUGUCCGUUGCUGCUUCAGACGCCACUCCGCAACAUCGGCGAGAACACCUCAGCGUGCACAUUCGGCUUGGACCCUGCAACGCCCGGCUGCACCAAAUGCCUCCCAGGCUUCGGAAGGAAGAAUCGAGACCCUUUCUCUUGCGAGCCUUGUGGCAGGGCUGAUACGCAAGAAGACAAGCGCCUUAUCAAAGACUUGCCUGCAGGAGGCGCGGGGAAACCCUCGGCGCAACCUGUCGCCCCCGGGGGGGGGCCGCCACACAUGGCGCAUCCGUUUAAAGUAUCGGGCGAUCUGGUUGUCGGCGGCUUGUUUGCCGCAAUUCAUGGCGCCACGGAUGCGGCGUUCCACAAAAUGGGGCUGGCGAACGUUUCGGCACAUCAUAUGGCGAGCCCCCGCGGGCAACGGACGAUUGGAUGCCCGCAAGCUGGGUCGGCGUAG